CGCCAUCCAACACGAUGACAAUCAACGGCUCAGCCUUUUGUCCCUCCCUCGCCCGCAGCCGCGAAUCCGCACAGGCCGCCAGCCCGAACGCCCUUGUUUUAAAUUAUUCAUCAACUCUGCAUCUCCAACGGAAAUCCGAACCCCAAACUUCAUCAACUAUUCAAUUGACACACCCCCAAAUACCACACCCAUGGAAGUCGCUGCGCGUAGCCGGCUCGACAUGAAGGUCAAAGCCGAGGAUGAUUCUGGCGACGUCCGAAUGACCGACGAGAAGCCCACCUACCGGUCAUGGAAGAAGAAAUACCGUAAGAUGCGCAUCAUGUUCGACCAAAAGAUGCACGACGGCGAAGAACUUCACAGGCUUGAACAGAAGGCGCUGGCCACUGCCAAGAGACUCGCCGUACAGAAAGAUCGGUUACUCGAUCUCCUUCUCGACGUCAACAAUUCGGGUCAGAUCCCGCCCGACAAGCAAAUAGAUCUCGCGGUCGACCUCCCCUCCGACGACACCGCGCUCUUCUUAGACUUCGACCGGCCGUCGACCCCUCCGCCCGACCAGACACCAGCCAAGCCCUACAAGAAACUCCUCCAAGAAGUACCACACUUCAGAUUCUCGUCGGCCGCCGAGCGCUUCCCGGAGCUGCUCGCAGACCUCGAAGCCGGCCGGGACUCACCGGCGGACCCGGCCCAGGGGCAGUCCCACCCGCCAUCCUUCCUCACCGCCGACGACCUCGACAACUACAUCUGGGAGCUGGACGCGCACCUCGCCAACGAGGACGCGGCGGCGGGGACGGGCAAGACGGACGCGGUGCCGCUGCCCACUCUCGCGCCGCUCGCGCACGCGGACCGGCCCAACCCCAAGGACUCGCAGCGCGACUUCGCGGUGCGCAACCCGACCUCGGUCUACAACUGGCUGCGCAAGCACGCGCCCAAGACCUUCCUGCAGGACGGCGAGCACGACAAGGACGGCGGCAAGGAGCACGCCGACGAGGGCCACGGCGGGCACGGCCACGGCGCCGGCGCCGGCACCGGCCGCCGCGGCAAGGGCGAGCGCGCGCCCCGCGGCACGGGCUCUGCGCGCUCCAAGCGCACCAGCGCCGCGCACGGCCGCGCCACCGCCACCGCGACGGAGAGUUUCGAGGACAACGACGACGAGCCCGGCUAUGGUGGUGCCGGCGGCGGAGGCGGCGGCGGUGCGGCAACGCCCGGCGCGGCGGGCGCCGGCAGUGUCGUGGGCAAGGGCAAGCGGAAGAGGGUCGUGGACGACGACCCCGGGUACAGGCCGAAGGGCGGCUCGAGUCGGCCGACCAAGAAGAAGCGCAAGAGCGAGGGCGCCGAACGGACGCCGACGGCCAAGGGGCCGCGGAAGAGCGAGGCCACUGUUUGGUCGGGACACAGCGCGGCCUCGGAGAGGAGCUCGUCGGCGAAGGGCUCGAGGAAAAGUGAAGGGGCCGCUUGGUCUGGGAGACGUGAUGAUGACUGAUUCUACCCGACCGUCAUGAUGGGAGUGGCUUGGCGUUCACGCGGUUGAUAAGAUCAUUUCUCGACCCGGACGCCUUGCGAAACCGCAUGGGGUAAAGGGUUGGGGGGGUUCAUGUCGGACGGUCAGGGCUAUAACCAGGCAUUUCUGUCUGGUGUUUGGAAGCUGAGACGGUGACUGGGGAUAAUAUGGAUUACGGGGUUUAGAUUGGAGGUUUCUGGUAGUAAAGCGACAUAUGGCGCGGGCGAGGCGUUCCCUUUUUGCUAGCUUGUAUCAGUAUCCUGAUGUUCGUGGAAGUGUCUUCUGCAAUUCAUCGAUUAUCCCGUCUGAUGAGCGCGGUAAAAACCACGCGACUCACUCCCCUCUUGGGUCGGUCGAGCUCCUUGGAAGGAAUGCGAUUGCGUGACGUUAAAC